AGUAACAGCAAUAAGCCAUGGUUGACGUAAGCAAAGCACAAGAUGGUGGAAUCCUCAAAAAGAUACUAACUGAAGGAGCAGGAGAUACUCCCUCGAGUGGUAAUGAAGUGAAAGUACAUUACACCGGGCGUCUUCUUGAUGGCACCGUCUUCGAUUCAAGCAAGGAUAGAGACGAGCUCUUCAAGUUCAAAGUUGGAACUGGACAAGUGAUAAAGGGCUGGGACGAAGGGAUAGUAACAAUGAAAAGAGGUGAGACAGCUGUGUUAACUUGUAAACCAGAAUAUGCAUACGGUGCUAGCGGAUCUCCCCCUAAAAUCCCACCUAACUCUACUCUCGAGUUCGAGGUUGAGAUGCACGAUUUCUUCGGAGAUGACUGUAGUGAUGACGGCGGUGUCUCGAAGAACACCACUAAGGAAGGUUCCGGUCUGUCCAACCCGAGAGAGGGCUCCACUGUUAGUGUAUCCUGGUCCAUGAAGCACUUGGACAGAGAUCUGGAGACUAGAUCCGUCAAGUUUAUUCUGGGUGAUGGCGCUGGAGAGGGUGUUGUUCCUGGCGUUGAGAAAGCCCUGCUGAAAAUGAAGAAAGGAGAAUCCGCUAAUGUAACAGUGAAGUCCCACUACGCAUAUGGCGAUGUUGGAGACGCUAAACUCGCUGUCCCAGGAGGAGCUGAUUUGGUUUACAACCUUACCCUAGAGGACUUUGAACAGGCUAAAUAUAAGUAUGAAAUGUCGAACGCCGAAAAGAUCGAGUUUGCUGAGAAAGCCAAAGAAUUGGGCACGGAAUAUUUCAAAGCAGGAAAGUUCGACCUGGCUCUGAAGAAGUACAAAGUUAUCACAGAGUAUUUGGAGCCUGAAGCGGAGGAUUUUGAUGACAUGCCAGACAGUGAUGACGAGGAUAAGGACGGAGAAGCUGAGAAGAGCGAAGAGAAGGAUCCAGAACACGAGAGAAAAUCACAGCUGCUUCAGGUCGCUAGUUACAGCAACCAAGCUCUCUGUCUAUUGAAACUUCAAGAUGGGAUAAACGCGUUCAAAGCGUGCGAGUCUGCUCUGAAGCUUGAUCCUAAGAACAUCAAAGCUCUAUUCAGAAGAGGACAGUCUGCUGAGAUGAGCCAGGAAUGGGAAGAUGCCAUCGGUCACUUCAAAGCCGUUCUGGAGGAAGAUCCCAAGAACACAGCCGCAGCAAGCAAGAUCAAGUUCUGUCGCAACAAAGUAAUGAGCUUCAAACAAGCCCAGAAGAAGAAAUAUGCUAACAUGUUCGAACGUACCAACUUCAAGGAACCAGAGCCAAUCAAGGACGAGAACAAAGUCAAGCCUGACUUCUCAGAUGACGAGGAAGGAGAGGCUAUUGGGUCAGAUGAAGAGAAGCCUCAAGAAAUGGAGGUCUAAAACUUCUCUCUGUGGCGGAUAUUGCACCCUCUAGUCUCCCGACCCUGAAUCUGCUUUAACCUAGCUGAGAUUUAUCUUAAAGAGGUGCUGCAUUUAUCCACGUUCACAUGAUAUAUGUUGCUAUAUUUUUCGUGUUCUUACAGUUGUUGAAGAAUUUUGCUGCUACGUUUCAUAUUGAAUACCUGCAAUGCCUUUGGCUUGGCCGACACUUAUAUUUUACGUUUUUUAUUAUUUGUUACAUCAUUCUUCAAACUGUCAAAAGUUUUAGAUGAUUAUUUUGGAA